CCCUCCAGCCGCCUGCAGCCGGUUUCCGGGGACCCCGGUGGCUUUUCUGGAUGGACCGUUAGCCGGAGGAGACGAGCGGGAAGCCGCCCGGGCCAUCGCCAUGGCGCCCGGCAGCUCCCGCAGGCGCUCCAGGAGUCGGAGCGGUUCUCAUGGAAGGCCGGAGAGAAGCAAGGAGAUGAGGAGGAAGAGGAGCAGUAAGGAGAGACGGCGGAGCCGCUCGGCCUCGGGAUCCCGGAGCCGCAGGUCCAGGGCCGCGACGCACAAGCCAGAGAGGAGCAAGGACCGGGGCCGGAAGAGGAGGCGACCCAGUUCCUCCUCCUCCUCCACUUCAUCCUCUUCCUCCUCCUCCUCUUCCUCCUCCUCCUCCUCUUCCUCGCGAUCCUCCUGCGGCGGCCGGAAGAAGCGGUCCAAGCGCAAAGACAAGAAGCGGAGGAAGAAGAAGAAGAAGAAGAAAGCGAAGAAGAAGGUGAAGAAGAAAUGCAGGGAGAAGGGGGACGCGGGCACCCGGAGCCCGCAGGGCAUGCCGGGGCCUUCGCUGGAUCAGUGGCAGAAAGAGCUCCCGGAGGAAAGCGGUCCAGUCCUGACCGACGAGCAGAAGUCCCGCAUCCAGGCCAUGAAGCCAAUGACCAAAGAGGAGUGGGAUGCCCGGCAGAGUGUCGUCCGCAAAGUGGUGGAUCCUGAGACCGGCCGCACCAGGCUCAUCAAGGGAGAUGGAGAAAUCCUGGAGGAAAUUGUGACCAAAGAGAGGCACAAAGAGAUCAACAAGCAAGCCACCCGGGGCGACGGCCUGGCCUUCCAGCUGCGGGCCGGGCUGCUGUAGUGAGCGCCCGCCCCGCGCUUCCUUCGCCGUGUCCUGCCCCUCGGGCCCAGUUCCUGCUCCUGGAGGGUCAGUGCUGAGGUCAGUGAGGUCAGGGGAACCGUCUCCUCGGCGGGCGAAGUACGCCGCUCGCUGCGUCUCCCAGGCCCAGGCCCAUUCACCCUGGGAGGGCAGGUAGCCGUCCCCUCCCAUCCCAAGGCAUCCAGCGGCUAUCCCUACCCAGCCUCAGGCCGAGGCGGAGCCGGGCCCCCUCCGGGCUGCCACGCUCUCCGGUUGACCCGGCUGGGAUGGGACGGGCCACUUCCCGGUCCUCUCCCAGUACCCGGCUGUGUGGCGGGGGGUCGGGGAGGGUGAGGCUGUUGGCACCCGCUGGCGCUGGCUCCUAGCUGGGGAGUGAGCCCCCCCGGGAUUGGUGAAGCCCCAUCUGCUUCAUCUGUACCAGUUGUAAAAUAAAACCCACCCCCAUCCUGGGUUUGUCUC